GACACUACUGAGAUAAUUUGUACGUCACUUGAAGACAAAUACAGUCAUGAAAUGAACCCCAUCAUUGAUCAAACAGCACCACGCUUUCGCAGAUUGUCAGAAGAAAUGUUCGAAGAUAUAAAGUUUUAUACUUGUCAUAGCAUUGGCAUAGGUGCUAAAAUGCAGUAUAAUAUUCUACAUGCAAAAUACCCUGAUAAGUAUAUUAAUAAAAAGGAUGUAUAUAACGCUGUUCAACAGUUCAAAUCACCAUCUCUUGAAAACAUAAAAAAUGAUAUCACAGAAACUUUGCAUCAACCUGAGAAUAUUAUUGAUAAUGGAUGUCGUGAAGAUGAUUAUGAGCAGUGCCAAAUAGGUCUCAAAUCAUUAUUGCAAACCUUAAGAAGAGAAUAUGUUGAACAGAUAAAUAAUGACGAUGAUCUUAUUGCAACACUUCAACCUAUUAGUCUAUGCAGCAAAACCAAUCAACCUUCAUCAUUUAAUAAUAUCAAUAAUGCAAUUGAUUUUGGAUGUUUGUCUCAAUUUCGUGCUUCUAAUGCAUUUACUCCUGCUUUGAAAAAAUCAAUUAGCAAAAGACAUGACUUCAUUUCUUCCAAAACACAAGAGUUGCAACUUUUAGAAGAGGGAGAUAAUGCUAUGAUUAUCAAUCUAAUUGUGAUUAAACGCCGUGGACGCCCACCAAAACAACGAUUCAAAAGUGUAUUAGAAGAUAUUAGUAAUACUCAGCAAAACCGAGGUGGACUUAAUACUAAUAAUGUACAAGAAAAAAGACAAAAUAAUUGUGCUAAUUGUGAAA